AUGCCGCCUCAAUUCACAACCGAUCAAGGCCCUUCAGUAGCAGAGAUUGCGAGGGAUGUGGAUGUUUUGAAUAUCAUAGCCGUAGUCAUCAUGUUCAUCGCCGUUGUGCCCCUGCAUAUUUGGAUUUAUAUCUCUCGUCACCGAGACACAGCUGCUCGGAAGCUACAAGCACAAGUACAGAAAGAGAGACAAAAAGAGGCGCAACAAGAAGGAGGCGCAUGGGAAAUUAUGAAAGUGGCCCGAAGCGAAGCUGGAAUAUUUGAUGGUGGCCAGUGGAUUUGGAUUACGUUGGAGCUGCCAUGGUACAGAGAGGAUGGCUGA